AUGAAGCGCACCGCCGCCGCCAGCCGUGCUCCGGGAUCAAAGUUCGGCGGCUUCGGUGCCCCGGGCGGGACUGGCACCCUGUCGUACCUCACCGAACCCCCGUCAUUUAGCGCCGUGUCGGAUCCGAAUGUCGUCGUGUCUCUCAAGAACCUGCUGAAGAAGGACAGCACCACAAAGACCAAGGCCCUGGAGGACUUGCUGGUGUAUGUGCAGGCGCAGCCUUUUGAGAACAACGGCGGCGUCGAGGAUGCCAUUCUGGACGUCUGGACCGACAUCUACCCACGAACAGCCAUCGACAACGCUCGCCGAGUGCGUGAGUUGGCUCACAGCCUGCAGUUUGAGCUCAUCAAGUCUGCGAGGAGGCGUGCAGAACGGCACAUCCCCAAGAUUGUGGGUGCGUGGCUGGCCGGCCUCUACGAUCGGGACCGGGGAGUUGCGCGCGCCGCCAGCGAUGGCCUCUCCUCCUUCAUCAACACUCCAGAAAAGGUCGCGGCCUUUUGGAGAAAAUGCCAGACGCAGAUCCUCGACUACGCCAUUGAUGCGAUCCGCGAAACACAGGAUACCCUGAGCGAUGAGCGAUCGACGACCAAGGAUGAUGCAGAAGCCAAGUAUCUCAGGGUCAUUGGCACCGGCCUGUCACUGGUCCUCAGCCUCCUCCAGCGACUAAACGACGAAGAAAUCAGCAAGCAGAGCCACAAACUCGACGAGUUCUUUGACGAGGAGACUGUCUGGCGCGCCAUCACCUUCAACGACUCCUCUGUGCGCAAGUCUGUAUGCCACCUCGUCAUUACAUGCCUCAAUCGCAAACUUCCCUAUGCCGAGUCUACCCAGGCGAAACAGGCCAUAGUUACAGGCGGGCUCAAGACGGGCCAGAGUGGUUCUGCGCAAGACUAUGUCCGGGCGCUGACGAGGCUAUCACAAGUUGCGCCCGAUAUCUGGACGCCUUCCCCCAAAGAAAAGAAGCCUGCGCUCUUGCGGUUACGGCAGUUUAUCGAAAAGGGCUCACAGGGCUGCCCUGCCAAGUUCUGGGAACACCUUGACGAGCUCAUUUCUGUCCUCCCAGAAGACCAGAUGAAGAAGUUGGAGACGGCUUCUGAAUUUCUAGAGGCCGUAAAAGCCGGUGUGACGAAUCGUGAAGAACCCCGGACGAAUACUUCCAUGGCCUGGAAGUGCUUUAUUGAUACACUUAAGCGCCUACAUAGAAAUCUUCCCGAAGAUGAGAAACUCGACUUUGCCCGCCGGCAGAUUUGCCCCAUUUUCGAAGACUUUCUCCUGACCAUAUCCGACAAGCCUGUGGCUGUUCCGCUUGGACCCAACGCCAUGACUAUUCUAGUUGAAGCUCAUCUUACUAUUCUUCGGAGCUCUCCAAAUGUCGUGUCUAUAUCGGCGGAGGAGUGGGAACGGUUUGCUGAUAUACUAUGCAACAAAAUCUCCAAUUCUCUUCCAGAGGUGUCCCGAGAGUAUCAGUCAUCCCAGGAAAAGAUUUUUGAAGAGGGUCGACGAUGGUUUAGCCUCAUCGGAGAAAUUCAUAGAAAGCUGGCCAAUCUUGACGAAUCUCUGCCGGAUCAGACAGCCGCUCCCUCCAAGAAAGUCAUCAGCCAUUGUAUAGACAUUCUGCGAAAUCGAAAUAUGAAACCAUUUGGUGCUGCAGGAGUCCUAGAAUACGCACUCAGCACCUCUCAGCACCUUUUCGACGGCGAGACGGGAGAUAAGACUGCUGAGUUUCUGUCGGAAGCCGCGGGAGACUCCAUCGAAAAGGUUAUUCAAUCUGCUUCAAGCAGGCCUCUUCUUUCCUGCCUCAACCUUUUGGGGGCCAUUCCAUCAAGAGAACCAACCUACCGCAAGAUUUGGGGAGCUUGGGUUGAGGCGGUCUCGGAAGUUUCCGACCGUGCUGUCCGUAACUUGGCUCUUACAUCUCUUAUUUCUGAAGAAAAGGCUUCCGAGCCUACCCAGGCCAACGCUCAGCUCCAGACCUAUAUCGUUACGGAAGCCAUCGAGGCUGUAAAGGGCGAAGCAUCCGGAUGGGGUCUGCUGGAAGCUGGUAUGAGCGGCCAAGGCCUUUCCGACGAGAGCUGCAAGCAACUCUCUGAAAAGGUGUUGGAAAUUCUCGACAAAGAGCCUGAAUUUGUGGAGCCAGCGCUGAGAGCGUUGGAGAUUCUUGCCAAGGGCAAGCCGAAGCUUUUCGAGGAUAGCUCUCUCCAUACCGCUUUGGUUGCGCAGUUGUUGAGUCUGACUGAACUUGGCAACAGCGUUGUUUCAUCAAAGGCCAUAGCAAUUCGAGCACUUCUUCAAGGAGGUGGAGCGGGCAAUCAGCCGGUAAUCCAAAUCAUUCACGACAACCUCGAGCGAGCAGGUCCCCAAUCGUUGGAUAUUGAAACUCUCUCCAAGCAGGCUCAGCAAGCACAUGCGGCGGGCAUCGCCGUUGAAGAAAUCUUCCCAAGCACAAACAUUUGGAUGCAGAAGCUAGCACCAUUCUUGGAUCAGCCCAUCAACCCCUCAUUGUCCAUCACGAACAGCCUGGGUGGCGCCGUUACUUUGACAAACUCCACAGCUCGGCCGACUGAGGUUCGUGUGCACCGAGACAAAAAAGGACGCUCUGUACCUUUGAGAAUGUCUCUUUAUUCUGCGCUCCUGUUGAAAGAAGGUAUUGAUAUUGCUACCCUCCCGCGCGAGUUUCAGAUCGAGUUGCUCUUUAUCCAGUGCCUCAUCAUACAACUCGCUACUGAUCAGAUCGACUCCAUGGACGAAAACUCACUAUGGCUUGGCUUGGAGUCUGACGAGUCCGUGUCAGAGGCGGAAUCUCUGGUGACUACGCUGAAGAAUUCCAUCAACAAGAAGUCGCUAUUGUCAAAGUGGUGGGAUAAUUCUGUGGACAAUGAACAGGCUCACAUUUUCCGUGGACUUGUCGAUCUUCUCAAGGAGGAGUCGAAGGAGCUGACACCCAGAGGCGUGUACAGUGCCCGUGCCAUGAGUGAGAUUGUGCAGGUCUUUUCUGAGGCUCAUAGCCUGUCAUCAGAGCUGGAAGAGGCUCUGCUCAAACCAGUGCUGACAAAGGCGGCCCCUGAAACCGCCCUUCUCGCCGCUGCUAUGCUCUCGGGAUUCGGAGAGACCUUGGAGACUUCCAAGCUUGCGAGCACUUUCCUGAAUCGCCUUGUUAGCGACAUCGCGGGGGCUUCUGCAAGUGGCGACAAGACUAUGAUUACGCUCGUCUUGCUUAAUCUAUCUGCGCAAGUAUAUGAGAGUGGGCAACUGCCUGUAGCCAGCAACCGUAUUGUUUUCGCAGUCAAGCAGAUUACCUCUUGGCUCGAGAAUGAAGAGCCCUUGAGCGCUUCUCUGUCUGCCGAGAUCUGCCGCGUGCUGAACCAGCUGCUUCCUUGCAUGAGCGACGUCUUUGGAUCGUACUGGGAAAAGGCCAUUGAUUUCAGUCUGGAUCUGUGGGACAAAGCGGUUGAAUAUCCUCUUCCGGAUGCUCUGCCUUUCAUCCACUCUUCUCUUAAGCUUAUAAAGACACUGAAGAGCCUGGAAGAUCCAAACGACGACCUGCAGGACGCUCUCAGAGAAUCAGCAAGCAAGCGAUCCAAGUCGCUGAUUGGACUGCUCAAGCUACCUCGCGGAGCUAGUAGCCAGCCGCUAGAGAUUGUAGAUGCCAUGCUAUGCCGGGAAGUAGAGAAGGUGUCUAUCAAAAGCAUCAAAGAUGUCUCAGACAUUUAUGAACUAGUUGCUUCGGAGUCACAGGAUAUCCAGACGGCGGCCUUUGAUAUUCUGCACAGGGCGAUUCCAGCCAUCCAAGAGCAACGAUCUAUUGACACUGUUUUGGACAAGACAGAGGCUCGCUUGCCAGAUGAGCUGCUAUCGUUGCUUCUCGACGCGCCUACUCUGGAUCGAUACCCCGACGAAGUGCUGGCACUGUUCCCAUCCCCAAUUCGAAGCUACCUGCUAUCGUGGAAGCUUGUUUUUGACGCCUACUCCUCAUCUUCUUACAAACUAAGGAACGACUUUACCGAGAAUCUCAAGACAGACAACUGCAUGGCUCCCUUCUUGGACUUUAUGUUUGAUGUGCUUGGCCACUCUGCCGCACGGCCACUGAAUCUCGAGAGAGAGCAGCUUACCACAGAGCAUAUCCAAGACUACGACGUCAAGGUCGCCAGAUCAGAGCCAGAAGAAAGAAGCAUGCACUGGCUGCUCGUGCACCUAUACUUUCUCACGCUGAAAUACAUUCCUGGCCUCUUCAAAGCCUGGUAUCUGGACUGCCGCUCUAAGCAAACUCGCAUUGCGGUGGAGGCGUGGACGACAAAGUACUUUUCACCUCUGAUCAUCUCGGAGGCCCUUGACGAUGUGCAGACGUGGGCGGAUGAGCAGGAGCCUCCUGGAGAUGAAGAGCAGGAGGUCCUCGUCAAGAUUUCCAAAAACGCGCGAGAAGUCAUUGUCGGCUACGAAAUCGACGAGCUCACAGCCUCCAUUGUCAUCAAAGUCUCACCCAAUUACCCCAUCGAAUCUGUCACAGUCACGGGCCAGGAGGCCGUGGCCGUCAAGGACCGCACCUGGAACAGCUGGAUCAUGACGACGCAGGGCGUGAUUACAUUUUCCGGCGGCAGCGUCGUGGACGGCGUGCAGAUCCUCAAGCGCAACAUUGUGGGCGCGCUCAAGGGCCAGACCGAGUGCGCCAUCUGCUACAGCGUCAUCGCGGCGGACAAGCGCAUGGCGGACAAGCGGUGCACGACGUGCAAGAACCUGUUCCACCGAUCGUGCUUGUAUAAGUGGUUCCAGACGAGCAGCCAGAAUACGUGCCCACUGUGUAGAAAUCCGAUUGAUUACCUGGGGGCUGAUACGCAGAAGAGGAGACGUGGUUAG